GGGGAUUGGGUGUUGUGUCAAUAAUGUCAAUUUGUAUUUCGCAACUUUCUCAAACGAAAUAGUUAAAUUGUUAAUUCUACUACAAAUAACUUUAAUAAUCUAGAACAAACAACAUCAAACUCGAGCACAAUGACAAUGGGUGACGAACUCCCUGUAACAUCAUUAGUUUUGCCAGUCCUCAUACGACCAGUCCUAACUCAGCUUGAGAAGUAUGAUUUGGGUGCAUCUCAAAGUUUACGAGCAGCUCUCACCAAAGCCGAGGCUGCAGUGCCCGGGCUGAACUACGACCUGGUGGCGGGCAUCAUCCGCAGGGCUGACAUCCCUGUCAACAUGAAUGAGAGCCUUCUCCGCUUGCAAGGAACACUUACAGAGACCGAGUGUGCUGAUUUAAGACUGAACCGAAGUGAGGAGGCGUUCCAGGAGUUGAACAAGAAGUCCACUUCUCUUAAGAAAAUUUUGAGUCGCAUUCCAGAUGAAAUAACUGAUAGGAAGACAUUCUUAGAAACCAUUAAGGAAAUAGCAUCAGCUAUAAAGAAGCUGCUGGAUGCUGUGAACGAGGUGUCCACGUACACGCCGGGGCCCGGCAAGCAGGUGCUGGAGCAGAGAAAGAGGGAGUUCGUCAAAUACUCCAAGAGGUUCUCCAACACCUUGAAAGAGUACUUCAAAGAGGGACAGGCCAACGCAGUGUUUGUGAGCGCACUGUACCUGAUCCACCAGACCAACCAGAUCCUCUACACCGUGAAGAACAAGUCAGAGUAGAAUACACUUUCCUUUAUCCAUUAGACUAGUGUUAUUAUUAUUACAUUAUAUUAAAAUUUCUAAUCAAGAUAUAAUAAUAUAUAAUGGUGUUAAAUACGUUAUUAUUUCAUUUUUUUAGGCUGAGGGUAUAAAUAAUGUUGUGUUUUUGAGUAUUCAAAAGUCAUUAAGUAAUUUAAUACUUCAUGCAUAGUGUAAAUUAACGGAUUUUUCAGUAUUUAGCUGGUAUUAGACAAAUAAGAAAAGUAACUGAAUUAUUGAAUUAGAUUUUUUUCAAAUUGCUAAGUUUCAGAUAAUAUUUUGUUAAAUCUUAUUCUACAUGUGCAUCUAUUUGUAACUUAUUAUAUUGUGAAAUCUUACAUUAGACAUAUAUUUAUAAAUUAUUAAUCAGAGAGCCGAUUAGAGUAUUAUAAAGGCUGCCAAAAAAUAUACUAAACUCUAAUAGAUAAUCAUUUUCACUCCAUUAACUUUUUCUCCCAUACACAGUAUUGAAAUAUCUACCUAUAUGUGGAAUUAUGUACUUAUGGGAACUGAAAAAAGUGUUCUAACAAGUAAAAAUGGUUUAUCAGAUAUUUUCAUUCAUACAUAGCCCAUACUUUGUAUUAAUUUUAUUAUAUUAAUAUCAUAAACGAUCCAUUAUUCAUAUUCGUAAGCGUUCUAGCCGUUAAUUCGUAAUAAAUUCAUUAGCCUUAGUUACGUAGAAUAUAUUUUUUAAACAUAAAAGUAUA